CUAAAGAGCUAGCUGCCUGCAGCAUGAAGGCAACAGGCACCUUAGUGCUUCUCAGCCUGCUGCUUCUGUCUUUCUUCUCGGAUGUAGCAGCUCAAGACAUUGAAGAGAUUUGUAAAGAGUUUGUAAACAGGAGCGUGUACUGCACGAGGGAGUCCAACCCUCACUGUGGCACGGAUGGCGUAACGUAUGGGAACAAGUGCGCCUUCUGCAAGGCAGUUCUGAGGAGUGGAGGGAAAAUAAGGUUGAAGCACAUGGGGAAAUGCUGAGUCUUCACCAUCUCCGAGCACCGAACGCUGAUCCUCCUUCAGCGGCGGCCGCAGGCGCCAGUGCCU